UCUAAGCCAGCAAUUUAAUCAAGCUUAUGAAAAUUGGUAAAUAUGCAUUUUUAUAUUAUUAUUGUGUGUAGUAGCACGUGUUUGUUAUAUGAAUUGGUAAAUAACCAUUUUUCAAAUCUUUAUAGGAACUAUUCUCAAAACUCGCCAGUGGUACCAAAUAGGGAUGUUGGUGAAUCCUCUCAGUCCGGUGGAGUUGAUCAUUCUCCACACUAUGACAAUGCUUAUGAACAACAGAGGAGGAAUGCACUUGAUAAUGAAGAUUUUUCAAAUUAUUAUGAGUCAUCAUCAAGUGAUGACGAUGAAAUAGCUAAUAAUAUAGAGGUAACCGAUGAUGAUGAUGUUCAAGUUGGUAUGACCAACAAUAUUCCUCAAAGUCAAAACCAACAAAAACCAAUGCACCACCACGUACCACCACCGAUGGCGGAAAAUCCAACUUCUGAAAGCCCAAUCAGUGGCAUUCUAACAAUAGUGCUUAUCUUGACAGCCUGCAAGGUCGUGAUGAUGCAUUUGUCUUCACAAGAGAAGAUGAUCAUAGUCGCCUAAAAACCUGGAUUGAACCAAAGGAUCUCAACAGAGAUCAAUGCUACCUUGCAAAAGGAAUGUUGUUCACAUCCAAAAAGGCGUUGCAACGGGCUGUCAAAAUUUAUUGUUUUAAGGACAUGAGGGAGUUUAAGGUUGAUCAGUCAAACACAAAGAUAUGGAGGCUAGUUUGUAGACAACGGUAUCAAGGCUGUGAGUGGUUGCUUCGGGGAAUUGUCAAGUCUGAUGGUAUGUGGACUAUCACAAAUUCCGCCAAAAACACACUUGUGAUAUGGAAGACAAUCGAGCAGAUCAUUAUAAUUUAGAUACAAACAUGAUUGCUCAAGUGUUACUUAAAGACGUGGCCGCAACGGCAAGGAUCGCUAUCAAAGAUUGCAUUAGAAACGUUCAAACCGCAUAUGGUAAAACUAUAAGCAACAGAAAGGGAUUUCUCGGGCGUAGACGCGCUUUUGAGAUGAUCUUUGGAAAUUGGCAUACCUCUUUUCAAUCGCUGUCAAGGUAUGUGGCGGCUCUACAACAUUUUAAUGCUGGUACUGUUGUAGAGUGGCGGCUUAUAGAGGGUAAAAUUUUCAACUUCAUAUUUUGGACAUUCAAACCAUGUAUUGAUAGGUUUGCUCACUGCCGGCCAGUGAUAUUCAUAGAUGGCACACAUGUAUAUGGUGCAUACGACAUCAAGCUCCUAAUUGCAGUAGGAAUGGAUGCCAAUGGGUCAAUAUUCCCUCUUGCUUUCGCAAUUGCCGCUAACGAGAGCAACGACACAUGGGGGGUCUUUUUGACCCAUUUGAAGACUCAUGUUAUUAAGGAUCGUACGGGCAUAUGCGUGCUGUCUGAUCGUCAUAAAGGCAUAUUGCACAAUAUGGAUAAUUUGCCGGGGUGGCAACCUCCCCUUGUUUACCAUCGCUAUUGCUUAAGGCACUUGAAUGAAAAUUUGCAAUCAAAGUUUCACAAUGGCACUCUAAACAAAUUGAUGUGGGGGGCUGCGAUGGAGCAUCAACAAAGAAAAUGGGCUGCAAAAAUGGAUAUGAUCAGGGCAGUUAGUGAACCCACAUAUGGUUGAUGAAGCUCGAAAUUGAAAAAUGGACGCUUCAUACUGAUGGUGGCAAAAGAGAGGGCAUGCUCACAACAAACAGCUCAGAGUCUUUCAAUGGCUUGCUGAAAUCUGCUCGGGGACUAUCUGUCACCGCAAUGGUGAGAAUGACUUUCAAGCAGGUUGUGAAGCGAUUUGUGGUUAGGACAAGGUAGGCCGGAGCAAUAUUAGCCGAAGGCGGGACAUGGAUGCCAAAGCCCUCCAAUAAGAUGGAGCAUUAUAGAAAAAAAUGUUAGCUUCACCAAAUGACCGAGUAUGACCCCAUUCAACGUGUGUAUGAAGUUAGGACGGGUUAUUACAACGAUAAGGGUGUAAACAUGCAUACCGUUUAUGAGGCAACAAGAACAUGCACUUGUGGUAAGUGGUAAACGUACCACAUGCCGUGUUCUCAUGCUGUAAAGUGCUUCGAGAGAAUGAAAAAAACGGUAACAAGUUAUGUGGCGGGGAAAUACAAGGUCCACAGUGACCUUAGAGCAUAUUCCGGCUAAUUCCACCCACUUGGUAAUGAAGCUUAUUGGCCAAACGAGCCAUUUUCGAUGGUUGCUAACAAGGAUUACAUCAGGAAAUUGGGCAUUAACUCAUGGAGUCGUAGACCCAAUCAAAUGGAUGUUAGUGAAAGAACUUACUCUCGCAAGUGCUCUACGUGUAAGCAAUAUGGCCAUGACAAGCGCUCGUGUGGGCAACAAGGCCGUGGUGGUACAAGCACGUCUCGAAGUAAUAGAACCUCUAGAACUUGAAGAUUGUAUUGUUACUGUAAUUUAGUAUUGUAUUGCAUUGAAUUAGUAUUGUAAUUUAAUGGAAUGAAUUAUUUUUGAAUAAGUAUAAACCUCUCGUAUUGGAUGAAUUAUUAUUAAAUAAAAUAUUUUUAUUUGUACAUUCGAUUUGACUAAAUAAUAAAACACUUAGAUCAAAACCCUAUAAAAUAUGACACUUAAACUUAAAGAAGACAAGUUUCCAAACAAACAAAACUUACUUCAGGGCACGUUAGAACCCCUAAAAC